AUGAAUGGGUGGGACGAGGAUCUGUGCGGGUGCUGCUUUGACCGUGCAGUGAGUCCGCGAGCACAGCGAGCACUUGCCAUGAAGAACCUGGAGGACUUGCGUUUCCACCUGCGCAAUCUGCAGCCUCGUUGCAUCCCCGCAGCAGAUCCCACGCAGCAGCAGCAUCAUGAAAUGUUUUCUCAGGAGCAGUUUGCGUGGAAGGCAGAGAUGGCGCCUCGCCUUUGCGCAGAAGGGAUGUUUCUCGAGUGGAUGGCUGAGCCUCGUGUGGCACACUUCGUCUUGCGUUCGUCGGCCUGGCCAGCAAUCGCCACUGAGCUGGGGGCGAGCAGGCAGAGGGAGAGUGACAACUUUGCGUCCAUGCUGGUGCAGGUGCUGGGGGUGAAGGAGAGUGCUGAUCUGCAGGAGGGGUUUGGGUUCUUUGUGCAGCAACUGCUGUCAGGCGGGCUGGAGGAGGCGCAUGCAGAGAGGAGGGGGGGAGCUGGGGGAAAGACAGCUGAGAAGGUGGAUAAGGAGGGGAAGCGGAAGGGGGGAGCUGAGGGGAAGGCUUCUGAGAAGACGCAUGGGGAGGGGAAGGCGUCACAUGGGAAGGAUGAUGGGAGACACGGAGAGGAAGAGGCAGGGAGCAAGGUAGAGAUUGAUAGGGUUGCUGGCAAGUGCGGGAGGGUUAGUUCGGACUUGAGCUGGAGGGAGCAUCUGAAGGGGCGUGUGUGGGAGAGGUAUGUGGAUGGCAUAGCUUGGAUUCUGGAGCAUGGAGGGGGGGAAGGGAGGGAGUUAAGGUUCGGCGCCAUCCCCAAGCUUCUGGAGGGAAGCGGCGUUCCUUUAGAGUGGGAGGAGUGGCCUGGGGGCGGCGAAGCUGCUGUGAAGUUUCCUGUCAACCGAAAGGAGAGGUGUGUUGGGCUUGGGAUUGUGGAGGAGCGUGGUGAAGCAGGUGAGAAGCUGACCCAGGACCCUCGUCAGCACAUACCUGAAGCAGAAGGGAGGUGCAGGCGUGCAAGAGGGAAAGGGUGUAAGGCAGUACGCCAAGGAGCUGGUGUGGAAGCCGAACAGAGCAGAGCACGUGGGAGAGGUGAAGCAUCUCGAAAUGAUGAGCAGAGAGUAAUACUACCACCCGCCAGGAGGAAGCUUCCCAUCGUUCGCUGCCUGGCAGAUGUGGACUUCCUGGUGGGGUUUGCCGGGUAUAUCAUGCACCCUCGGGCAUGCACCCAGUGCUGCACCUGCUCUGCAGAAUUCAUACAGUCUGUGUGCAUGGCUGCUCUCAUCGCCAACUUCGCUUACCGCCCAGUCAGCCAUCUUUUCUCCCGCGUGCUCUCAGCCUUCCCGCCAUCCUCCCCUGGCUUCCACAAGCUGGUUGAGUGCCUGGACCUCUCUGCACGCCUGCCCAGGCCUGUGAACCUGCAGAUGCUGCUCAGCCGGGCGGAGCAGGUGCCUCUGUACUUCCUCAUUCACAUGGCCGUGUGGUGCGCUCGUCAUCUUCUGGAAAGCUAUGAGUUGGAGCAGCAAUGCAGUGGAAACGAGCAGGUAGUGCAGUCAGGUGCGCGGAAAAAGGGUGUAGAGAAAAGGGGGAAAGGUGGGAGGGUGAGGGGGCAAGGCCUCUGGGAUGGUGAGGUGGAUCAGGAGAUUGGUGGAGAGGUGUGGGAGGAGGUGCGGAUGUGGUAUUGUGCAGCAAUGGCUGUGUGGAGUUUCAACAAGGGAAGCGAGGGAGAGAGUGAGGAGUGCAGGGGCAGCAGGAAGCGGGAGGGACUGGCUAAGGGGUGUGACAUCACAUGGAUUCUUGAGGCAGCAAUCACCCUGAGGUACUGUGAGGGGCUGCAAGGGCAACGUGGGUCUGCCAGGGGGAGCAGCAACUGUGAGUGGAUGGGCAGCAGCAGCAGCAACAGCAACAGCAGUGAGAAGAAGAGGAAGGGGAAGGUGCCGGCUUAUCUGAAGGCGUGGCCGGGUGGAGUGAAUCUGGUGGCAUGUCUGCGAGAAAUGCUGCUGGGGGAGCCGUGCUACCGCCCUGCCUCCCAUGCUGCAAUGUCCGCCCCUGCUACUGCUUCCACCCAUUCUGCUGCUGCUAUGGCUUCUUGUCCUACUGCCCCUCCCAACCCCACUGCAAUAAGCAUCAGUGCUGCUACUGCUGCUGCUGCUGCUUCAGAUGUCCAAGGCUGUGUGUGCGGUACUGCAGGGUGUGCGAGGGUGGAAGGUGGUUCUGUGAAGCUGAGGAGGUGCGGUGGGUGUGGCAAGGUAGCGUAUUGCAGCAGAGAGUGCCAAAAGGCGCACUGGCCCUCCCACAAGCUCGCAUGCCCCGGCAGGAGCAGUGGGAAGAGGAGUGGGAUGGAUGCGAGCAAGGGUGGCAGCAGCCAGCAGCAGUAG